AUGGCGAGACCCCAAGAUACGGCUUUGGCCCGAUUCAGUGGCCUCCCUAAGGUGCACAAAGACGGCGCUCCUCUCCGACCCAUCGUGUCGCUCAAAGGUACUCCAACGUACGGACUGGCUAAGUGGCUGUUCCGGGGUCUCAAGUUCCUGACCGCUGAGUCAGACACCACGGUCUCUUCGACAGCACAAUUCCUGGAAAAACUCAAAGGGGUAAGCCUCCAUCCAAAUGAGGUCAUGGUAUCUUUUAAUGUUACAUCCCUUUUUACUUCUAUUCCCCAGGACCUGGCGAUCGAGACAAUCGAGCUGCUUCUACAAAGAAAAUACGAUGAAACGGAGAAUCGUCUUGGACGCGCCCAAGUCCUUCAGCUCCUGAAGUUCUGUCUCAGGGAGUACUUCAAGUUCGACGGGACAAUUUACGAACAGAUGAAGGGCACACCAAUGGGUUCGCCCAUUUCGGGGUACAUCGCCGACGGUAAGACUCGCUGGUCUUCCAACACCAUAGACCGAAGUUCUGGGCCCGGUAUGUGGAUGAUACCUUCGUCGUUAUCGACCGGGAUCAACUGCUGAUAUUCAAGGAACGUCUGAAUGCGGUCUUCCCGGACAUGCAAUUUACGAUGGAGGAGGAAGAGGACAACAAGCUGGCCUUCCUCGAUGUCCUCGUAUGUCGCAAGGAUUGUGGUGGACUAUAG